CAAAACAAGGCAUGUAACUUGUUGUCGGUCAAUGCAACUAGAAACAGCGCAACGCUUCCACCUCAUUGCUCCAACGCAAGUAUUUUCUUUCUGAUUGUAGCGUAUAAUAUUUGUUGAAUAUGGCAGAAGAAAUGAGCGUCACGGUGGCUUCCAUGCUCAAAGGCAUAGAGAGAUACAACCCCGAGAACAUGAGCACCUUGGAGCACUAUGUGGAGCUACAAGCAACUGAAAAUGCCUAUGAUUUGGAGGCUAACUUGGCUUUGCUGAAACUCUAUCAGUUCAACCCUGGCACUUACAAAACCAGUAUAGCUUGCCUAAUCUUGCUCAAGGCUCUCACGAACUUGCCGCACACAGACUUCGUUCUCUGCAAAUGCCUCCUGCAGCAAGACCAGAUGGAAGAAGAUCACAUCUCGCGCAUCAUAUUUCUCCAUGACUUGCUUGAGAUGUGUCAGUUCAAGCAGUUCUGGGAUGAGCGCGAGAACUUCGAGAAACUGGUGUCGGGAGUGAAGGAGUUUGCCAACAGCAUCCGUCGUUACAUCUGCCAUGUGGUGAGCAUCACCUACCAACACAUCGAGAAAAGCGCGCUGGCUUCGCUUCUCGGCAACUUGGAUGAUAACGAACUGGCUGUGUGGAUCAAUAUGAAUAACUGGUCUGAGGUCGAAGGCGGUUACAUCUUCAUUGCCAACCAAGAAGAAACGGUCAAGACAAAGAACAUCACUGAGAAGAUCGAAUUCGAUUCUGUUGCGACCAUAAUGGCCGCAUGCAGAUGAGCUGCAUUUCAGCGAACAUGUGUUUGAUUCUAAUAAAUAAAAUGGCCACCAAAG